UUACAAUGACAAAACAAGUCAGUUCAACUCCAGGCAGGCGCAGGGAUGACUGCAGCUGCUGAGCUGAGACACAGAAACUUGUGCUGCCGAGUCCUGUUCACACUGGGGAAGGAGGAGGAGGACCGGCACAGGGCAGAUUCAUAAGACAGAGAGGUGGUGAAAGGAAGAGAAGAGGAAUCCUGUGUGGAAAGGUUGAUGUGUGUCUUGGCUGGAAGCAACAAGUGACUUGCUUGCACCUUCGUACCCCUCUGAGCAUGGACCGGGACAGUCACAGCGAGGACACCUUGUCCACCAUGGUCCUGGAGAACAUUAAAAACAAGCUGAUUCAUGCCUUCAGAGCGACAGGAGAGUCCCGAGAGGAGCCUCAGGACUCGGGAUCCACUGUCAGACCGCUCAGCAUCAGAAGCAGCCUCCAGGCCAACGAGGAGCUGAGGAGGGCGCAGAUCGAUGGAGCCAUAACCUGGCUGAGGUCUGAACUGCUGGAAAUGCGCUCUCAGGACCUCCAGCUGGCUCAGACACUGCUCGGGCUCAACACGGAGAUCCAAAGACUGAGGAGGGAGAGUUUCGUAGGUGUGGACGUAGAGGGGGAGGAUCAGCAGUAGCCGGCCCCGGCAGACAGCCCCUUCUCUGGGGUGGAAAAGUGCUCUUACUGGAACCCAUGGUGGACAAGAUGCAGCCGGUAGUUCAAAUGUAAAAUAUGAAAUGAACAUGUUUGUGAUUAUGGCUCUUUGAAAUAUAAUGAGCCACGGUGUAAAAUAGAGAUCUUCAGCUAAAAUAACCUGGAUAGCGGAAUAAGAUGUUUAAUUUAGAUUAUAAUCUUUUGCACUUUUGCAGAGUUGUGCUGAAGGAACCUGUCUUGUUUCUUUGCAAGUCAGGAAACCAGAAGUUUUCGAAAGUAAAGAUGGAAUUAAGAAAAGUUUUUAUGU